AUGUCGGCCGUACUUUUCCUGAAUAAGUCUCUGAGCAGACUUCCACCGAGUGUGGCUCGGCAGGUGGUCGGCUGCUGUUACCACACCGAGAGAGGUGUUUACGGGUACCGGCCCAAACAGACCGAGAGGACACUGAAGUUAGACAGCGACCGCAUCGCAGCGCUGAACCAAGAUCAUGGUCUUGCCCGUCUGGUGGAGGCAUACAGAGCAUAUGGACACAAGGCUGCUAAAAUUAACCCCCUACUGCCCCAGAAGCCUGUAACUGACAACAUCCCGGAGAUAAACAUGCUGAAUGGCACCAUCACAGGAAAACUCAACACCUCAGGUCUAAGACACUUUGGCAAGGCAGAGGCUUCAGUGGAGGAGGUUCAGGCCUACCUGGAAGGAGCCUACUGUGGCCACCUGUCAGUGGAGACCAGCCAGCUGAGCAGCAUGGAGGAGAGGGAGUGGUUUGCUGACCGCUUUGAGGAACUCAAGAAGAUGAGUUUCUCCACCGAGGAGAGGAAGAAGCUGGCCAAGCUCAUGCUGGAGUCUCAGGAAUUCGACCACUUUCUGGCCACCAAGUUUGCCACUGUGAAACGUUACGGAGGAGAAGGAGCAGAGAGCAUGAUGGGCUUCUUCCAUGAGCUUUUCCACCACUCGGCCCACAGCGGAGUCACUGACAUCGUCAUCGGCAUGCCGCACAGAGGCCGACUCAACCUCCUGACAGGCCUGCUGAAGUUCCCACCCGAGCUCAUGUUCCGUAAGAUGCGCGGCCUUAGCGAGUUCCCGGAGACCUCACCUGCCAUCGGUGACGUCCUCUCCCACCUCACCUCCUCAGUGGAGCUGGAUUUCGGAGCUGAACACCCUCUUCAUGUGACAAUGCUGCCCAACCCAUCUCACCUCGAGGCGAUCAACCCCGUGGCUCAGGGCAAAACCCGAGCCAGGCAGCAGCUCAGACAGGAAGGAGACUAUUCACCUGAAGACAGCGCGCAGCCCGGGGACCAAGUCGUCUGUCUGCAGGUCCAUGGUGACGGCUCUUUCACUGGCCAAGGGAUCGUUCCAGAAACUCUGACCCUCUCAAACCUGCCUCACUACAGAGUCGGUGGGAGCAUCCACCUCAUUGUGAACAACCAAGUGGGCUACACCACUCCAUCAGAGAGAGGGAGAUCCUCUUUGUACUGUAGUGACGUCGGUAAGAUGGUGAACUGUGCUGUGAUCCACGUAAACGGCGAUGAUGCAGAGGAGGUGCUGCGGGCCACUCGGCUGGCUGUAGAGUACCAGCGGCUCUUCAGGAAAGACAUCAUCCUGGACCUGAUCUGCUACCGUCAGUGGGGCCACAACGAGCUGGAUGAGCCUUUCUUCACCAACCCGGCCAUGUACAAGAUCAUCCGAUCUCGUAAGAGCGUCCCCGACUCCUACUCAGACCUGCUGAUCUCUGAGGGUCUGAUGACCGAUGUUGAGCGUGACGAGAUCAAGUCUAAGUACUACAGCAUGCUCAACGACAAGCUGGCCAACAUGACCGUGUACAGCCCUCCACCCACCAACCUGCAGGGCCGCUGGGGGGACCUGGUGGAACCCCAGGCCAGAGUCACCACCUGGGACACGGGCGUCCCCAUUCCCCUGCUGCAGUUUGUAGGAGCAAAGUCUGUGGACAUCCCUGAGCAAGUCCAGCUGCACAGCCACCUUGGAAAGACUCACACACAGGCUAGGCUGAACAAGUUGGAAGAAGGAACCAAACUGGACUGGUCCACAGCAGAGGCCUUGGCUUUGGGCUCUCUCCUCUCUCAAGGCUUUAAUAUUCGAAUCAGCGGACAGGAUGUUGGAAGAGGCACGUUCAGUCACCGACACGCCAUGGUUGUUUGCCAAGACACUAAUGACAUGUACAUCCCUCUGAACAACAUCAGCCCUCAGCAGACAGGUUUCCUCGAGGUGUGCAACAGCCCGCUGUCUGAGGAAGCGGUGCUUGGGUUUGAGUACGGUAUGAGCAUCGCCCAGCCGAAGCUUCUGCCCAUCUGGGAGGCUCAGUUUGGAGAUUUCUUCAACGGAGCGCAGAUCAUCUUUGAUACCUUCCUCUCCGGAGGUGAAGCCAAGUGGCUGCUGCAGAGCGGGUUGGUGAUCCUGCUGCCUCACGGGUACGAUGGAGCCGGACCUGAACACUCAUCCUGCCGUAUGGAACGCUUCCUCCAGAUGUGUGACAGUAAAGAAGAGGGUGUGGACGGUGACAACGUGAACAUGGCUGUGGUCAACCCCACCACAUCUGCUCAGUAUUUCCACCUGCUGAGGAGGCAGAUGAUCCGGAACUUCCGCAAACCUCUCAUUGUGGUUGGACCCAAGAUGCUGCUCAGAUUCUCUGGGGCAGCGUCCAGUCUGGCUGAAAUGGCACCAGGAACGUCUUUCAGACCAGUGUUGGGUGACACUUCAGUCUCACCUCAAAGUGUCCAGAAGGUGGUGCUGUGCUCUGGGAAGCAUUACUACGCCCUGCUGAAACAGAGGGAGACAGCAGGAGCCAACCAGAACACAGCGCUCAUCCGACUGGAGGAGCUGUGUCCGUUUCCACUGGACGCUCUGCAGCAGGAGCUCAAAAAAUACCCCAACGCCAAAGAGUUUGUGUGGAGUCAGGAGGAGCCGCAGAACAUGGGUCCCUGGUCGUUUGUAGCACCCAGGUUUGAGAAGCAGCUGGCCUGCAAGCUCCGGUUAGUGAGCCGACCUGCUCUGCCCGCCCCUGCUGUCGGUAUCGGGACCCUCCAUCACCAGCAGCAAGAGGCCAUCCUCACUGCGACCUUCUCCUGAAAGACUCAGCGAGACUAAAUGGGAACUACAAUAAGCACUGCUGCACGAGCAUCAGCACUACACUACAUACUGGUAUCUGCCGUGGUCCUCCAAACCAUUGCUGCUACAUGUGCUGCAUGGGAGAUACUCGGGACCUUUUAGACGAUGCAUGUGCAGCUUAAAAGAUAAAUUGGGCACUAAUAAACAGAACAAAGGAAAGGAAGUGUUUAAGAGAAUAGUGUUGGUAUUUUUUUUUAUCUCUUACAGUCAGACACAGGGUUGUAAUUAUUAUUUUAUGGUUUCGAAGAAAGGCUUAUAUUCCCGUCUGCUUGUUUCUAAUAUAUUUCCCCCUCUCUCUCUCAUUUAAUAUGCCUGUACUCUUUAUGUGUUCAACGGCAAGGCACUGUGGUAGCACAAAGAACAACUGCUGAUGUGUUUCAGAUGUGAAUCGAGGCCUUAGAGACGAUGUUUACAAUGUGAUUGAAGUAACUGUUGGCUGACUAACGUAUUUGUAGCACUUGGGACUUUAUCUUACCUGACAAACUGGCACAUACUUCACGUUUCAGGAAUCAAAACUGUUACAUCAUCUUACAUUUUCAGUCCACACAAGUUGUCCAUGUUUGUAGUGUUCUCAACAGACAAUAUCAGUAAAGGUUGUUAGAAAUAUCCUUAAAAUGAUUUAUGUAAGAACAAGAUUUCUGAAGACACACAAAAGAGUUGUUCCCAUUUUGACUGCUGAGUGUUGUAUCCAGGUGUAUUUGGAUAUUUCAUGGCACAAAUUUGGGCUAAUAAGUACUGGAUCAUUAUCAUUAUUUAAUCAAAGUUCCAACAAAGGCAGAAAAAAUAAAGGCAUUAAGGGCUAAUGUGAAUACACCAAAUCAGGUAGAUAUUAAAUGGAAAUAUUUUCAAAUAAAUCUAUUUUCAUGUUUCAUGCA